AUGGUAGAAUCUUCUACACUCUUUGGUGCAAAACCUAGUGCUGUAACUGUAAUUGGUAUUAGUGAUGAUGAACUUGAUAUUUCUCACAACGUUUCGCCAGAUAGACAAGGUAGUGGAAACAUCUCUCUUGCAAAAUAUUUUGCAGGACAGAAAGGAAAGGACUUGGACCACAAUCCUACACAAAACAAUGAAAUUUUGGAUAUUUGUGAAGAUGUCUUAUUUGAUGCAAAAACCAAGAGGAAACGGAGAUGUAAAGUUGUUAUGAUUAAGUCUGAAAGUGUUCACGAUGAUGAUGAUGAUAUCAGCAACUCUAGAAGAAGAAAGAAGAGAGAAGCUGAUGAUAGCAUAACAGAAGCUGGGCAUAAGAAAGAAGAAAGAAGAGCCAAAAGGGUGAGCAUCAUGCCCAAAUAUCUAGAAGAUUACAUGACAACAAAUUCUGUUAAGAGGAGCUGA